UUCACAAGUUUACUCAACGAUAAACAUUGCAUUUCCUCGCGAUUUUCCUCGGGAAUUUCACAGACUUCUGAGAAAGAUCACACUUAACAAGAGAGUUUAGGAGUUAAGGAAGCAAGUUUGAGUGUGGAUUCACAGAAUUAAACCAUGUCAGGACAGUAUUUUCAAGCGAAUCUGGACAGUGUUCAGGAAGAUGAGGACACUCAGGUGACUUUCGGCGGCAAGGAGGGCAUCCUCUUUGUGAUAGACGCCGCAUCGUCAAUGCUGGACGAGCACGAGGGCAAAGAAGCCAACCUCCGGCUGGCUUUGCGCGCCAUCGAGGCCUCCAUGAAGAAUCUGGUCGUGGGAAACCAGAGAGAUCUCGUGGGCAUUGUCUUCUACAACACACAGCACAGUCCCAAGCCCAGGUUCGAGGAGGGCGCCGCGGAGAUCGUCGUGCCGCAGCACACGUGCAUUCUCCUGCCCAUGGACGUGCCGUCAGUGGAGAGCAUCUCUUACGUGACCAGCUUCCACUCCUCUGACGACUCAUUCGACUUCCACAACAGAUACGGAUGCGACGGAGCGGCGAGCUUCGCCGAUGUCAUCUGGCUGUGCACGAAGAUGUUCCAGAAGUGCGGCUACAAGCUCCAGUCGUCGGUGAUUGUCCUCUUCACGGACAAUCACCUGCCGCACGCUGCGAACAUUCACGAGCACCAGCAAGCCUUCGUGAAGGCCAAGGAUCUCAACCAGCUCAACGUGGAGUUCACACUGAUCCCCAUGCGCGAGGACUUUGACGGCGAUCUCUUCUACAAGGAGUUUAUCUGCACGGUGAUGGACAUGGAGAUGGAGAACUUCGAGCUGGACGUCGCCGUGAAGGACGUGGAGACGAUCUCGAGUAGGAUUUACAGGCGAAACUACCGCAAGCGCUGCAACAACUACCUGAAAUUCAGCCUCGGCGAAGGCCUGGAGCUGAGCGUCGGGCUGUACAGCUCGGUGAGACACGUGAAGUAUCCGAAAUCCUUCAUGGUGGAUAGGAACACGAACGAGGUGAUCACCAGGAAGCGUGUGCAAGAGGUGUACGAUGACGUGGAGCAGACUAUGGUGGCUCUGAUGCCGCACCAGCAGAAGAAGUUCCAGGAAAUCGGCGGCCGAAGGAUCAUUUUCACCACUCAGGAGCUCGCCACCAUGAAGACCUUCCUUCCGGCCGGUCUGCGCUUGCUGGGCUUCAAACCCCGCUCAGCAAUCAACGUGAGUUACUAUAUCAGGCACGGAUCCUUCAUCUACCCGGACGAGACGUCGAUUUCUGGCUCCACGAAGCUGUUCAGAGCACUCUGGCAGCGCUGUCUGGACAGGAAUGUCGUUGCCAUCUGUGUCCUCACGCUGCGCUACAAAUCCCCGCCCGGCUACGUCGCUCUGCUGCCCCAGGAGAACGUCGUCAGUGGCCAGGAUCAGGUUGAGUACAACGGCUUCCACCUGAUGCACCUCCCAAUCUUGGACGACGUGCGCGACUUCAGCUCAUUCAGUCCACAAGUGACGACGGUGUCUGAGGAGCAAGUGCUGGCACUAAAGGGAGUGGUGAAGAAGCUCAAGUUCAGAUACAAUCCCAAACACUUCAGCGAUCCCGUGCUGAAGAAUCUCUACAGCAACAUCGAAGCCUUCGCCUUCAAGACGGACGGCGAGGAAGCCGAAGACACCACGCUUCCCAACGCCAGUGAACAGGAUGAGCAGAUUGCCGAGCAUAUGCCGAACAUUAUCCGGGAAUUCGGCGAAAUUGUAGUCAUCAAUGAAGGUGGUUCGGAGUCGGGCAAGAGGAAGAACACAGAACCCGGAGAGAACGCUCGGAAAGCCGCCAGAUCCCAGGCGCCAGUGGACAAAGACCACAUCGUCCGGGAGUUCAGUCUGCAUCGCGAGGGGAAGCUCACCGUGGCCAUCCUGAAGGCUUACGCCCAACAAGUCGGCCUGAGCACGCAGGGCGCGAAAAAAGCCGACCUGAUCGAGCUGAUAAGACAACACCACAACUUGUAAUUCAUUCUG